AGCUGAGGAUAGACAGAAGAAACGAAAGAAAGAGAGUAGGGAAGAAAGACAGAAAGAAAGAAAGACAGACAGAGAGCGGGAGAAUCACGGCCCAACCUCAAGUCAGGUCUCCCUUCUUCCCUCUCUCUCUCGCGUUCUCUCCCAUUUUCUGUCUCUGUCGAAUGGAUGGAGGACAAGAGGACGAGAAAGAGGCUGGGGCUGGAGAGAGAACGAGGAUGCUGUCGUUUGUGACUUCUGUUGUGCCAAAGUAGUUGUUGUGAGAGAGUCGACGGAUCUAACGACGAUUGUCAUCGACUUCUUGUGGUGGGUGAUCGUCAAAAAUCAGGUCUUGAAUUCAGAGCCAGUACCGGAGUGAUCCCAGUUUUCCAGAAACAGGGAAAGGAGUCGAAAUGGCAAACUUGCAACUUCCAUUGAACCAAGACCAUGAAGUUUUGGGCAGCGAAUAUUGCUCGGGUUAUAUGGAUGCCCUUGGGAAGUGGAACAAUGGCUUCUAUUGCCCAGCCUCGGAUGAAAGUCAGGAUGUAUUUUGCUGUGGUAGUGACUACCACAAGUAUUGUUGCACCAAGAAGGACCAAGUGAUCCAGUCGGAAGUUCAAGACAUCACAGUCCUGGUUGGAAUCAUCUUGGGCGCCUCGGCUGCCAUCCUCAUCCUGACCUUGGUCUCGUGUUUUUGCUGCUCGUGCUGCUUGCUUUACAAAAAGCGUAAUCCAUCCUCAUCUUCUAUGUACCGUCUCCACAAUGCGAGUGAGCACAGUGGGGUCACGAAUAUGUACAGCCUAUCGAAUGCCGGAGGAUCACGUGCCAAUACGCCUUUGCCCACAUCGAAUCAGCGAUCUCAGCAGUAUCUCCUAGAUGAUGUGGACCAUGUGAGGUUCUUACAGAACCACAAUGGAGGGAUUGCUCAUUCCUACACGCUACCACAUAACUUAUCUCAUCAUGGGAAGCAUCAAAACUACAUCCAGCAAUUCAACGCGUACAACCUACAAAAUAACCCGGACAUUAUUGCCAGCACCCACCCGAGCCAACCCCCUCAUCAUCAACAACAGCAACAACAACAACAACAGCAUCACCACCAUCACCAUCACCAUGACCAGCAUAACCUGAUGGCUAGACAAUACGGAACUUUGGGUCGAAUGCCCAGGGAACAUCCCCCACCCUACCAAGAUUUUGCCAAUGGUCAUCGUAGCUCUUUCUUCGCCAAUUCUCAACAACUCGGGUCCACCAAUCUCAUCACGACCACGGCUGCCAUUUCUUUUAACGGGGGCGAUUUGAUGAUGCACCAUCAACAACACCAGCAACAACAACAACCACAGGAACAACAGCAACAACAGCAGCAGCAGCUUUCAGGGUUGGAUGGGAACCAGGAUAUGUCGGGUCAUUUCGGAUCGGAAGACACGUCCAAUCUCACCCAAGAGCACCAGGCUCAAACACCUCAAGGAGGAGUGGAGAAUGGGGAUGACGAGCCAGUUUCGGAUCAGACGCCGAUGAUAUUCAACGACAACAAUGAGGAUCAAGAAGGACUUUUCCACUCGACAAAAUUCUGAAUUUUUCCAUGGCUGAACGAGCUAUUAUGCUAUCUAGAUAUAAAUACUAAGUGUUGUGUGCCAAUAACGAGUUACUUUACGGCUUCCAGUCUCUGUAUUACAAAAACGUAGUCAUCCAUUCGGCCAAUGUCAGAUAGUGUUCGAAUAAUAAUAAAUGUUUCCUACUACCAAG